UCUAAAGACAAGAACAAUUAUUACAGACUCCUGUUUGGGGAUCCUCUUGCUUUUCUACAGUUCGCAAGGUUUAGCACCUGCUUGAGAAAUGUCUUCUAUAAAUAACUGUUUUCUGUUUCAGACAAAAUUUAAAUUGAAAAGUAUCUUGGUGCAGCUGGUCAGUCUGUCUACAACUUUGAACUGUGAAAAAAGGAGCAGAAAUUCUUUGGGGGCCUCAGGGUGAAAUGCCUUUUAUUUUACAAGAUACCGUGUUAUAGAGCUGUGAUCGAUAUUUAACUACUGUUGUUAGCAGUUCUCAGAAUUGCUAGAAGUGAGAACUGAAAAGCCCUUUGUAGAUGGUCCUCACUCUUUUACCAGUUCUGCGGCAUUCCAGAUUUCCAUAAUUGCGAACUGUGAUGGCACAGUGCCCCAAAAAUGAAUACUUCGAUAGUUUGCUGCUAUCUUGUAAGCCUUGUCAUCUCCGAUGUUCUGGUACGCCACCGCGGCCAUGUGAGAAGUACUGUGAUAAGAGUACUGAUUCAGGUGGAAUUCUUUGGAUUUGUUUGGGCAUAGGAAUAAUUUUAAUGCUCACUCUGUUCCUCUUAAUGGUCUUGUUUAAAUGGAAGCACCUAAAGCUACUAAAAGAAAAACUGAAAAAUACAGACUCUUCUGUGGAGCUGAAUGAUAUUCUCAAGGUUGAUACUGAAAGCCGUACUGGAAUCAGACACUCACUGCAAAGUGAAACAUUAAUGUAUUCAGUGGAGGAGUGCACUUGUAGUGACUGUGGCUUGGUAAAACCUCAGACUGGCUGUGAAACUUCAUUUCCAUUACCAGCUACAGAAGAAGGAGCUACUGUUCUAGUUACCACAAAGUCUUUUGAUUACUCCAACUAUAUUCUUGGUGCAGGGUGACUAUGAGAGACGUAUAUAUUUACUACGUAAUAAUAAAUUAGUUAUUCCAAUAUAGCUGUUAAUACUGGCAGUCAGCGGAGAAGCCUACUACAUCAAGCUUAUCAUUCUUGCAUUGAACUGCCAUUGAUACUGUCAUAUUAUUUCUAAUUCUAGUACAUCUUUGGUCAACUAUUUCUAUGUUAUUGUCAGGUACCAAGCUAGUUAUCGGAAUUUAUAAUUUUUGGAAGUCCCUGUGUAGGAUGGCUCUUUCUGCCUUUAGAGACUGUAUUUACUUAGUAUAUUUACUUAUAUUUACUUAUGUACUUAUGUAGCUGGAUAUAUACAAAUGCCACCACUAAACA